AUGACGCCCUUGGAGCUGUGGCGUCCGCAAUGUAGUGCUGCGGUUCGCCAUCAGGUCAGGCUGGAGAUGAUGUUAUGCUGCGUACCAGCGGCUUCCGUAUCGCUCCGCAUGUACUCGAUUUGUGCAAGCGAUUCACUGAAGGGUUUUCAAGCAACGUUCUUGCUGCACUGCGUCGCUUCGAUUUUCCUCGUCAUUGUUGGAAUAUGGAUGCAUUGGGCAAAUUCUUUGCAGAGUGUGACACACUAUCUGGAGGAUUCAAGGCGAAGCAAUGAAGUCCUGGUGAUCUUAUCCUGGUUCCCCAUGAUUCUGCCCGGAUGGCCCGUUUUAUUCUUUGGUACGUCUCAAGAUGUUGCCGAAGGAUUCCUUCCGGUGGCAGCCUUUGCUUUCACGCACUUGCCUUUGCUGGAUUCAGCACGGGAGCUUCUUUUGCUCUGGGGUUGCUACAGCAGUCUUCUGGGUGCAAGACUCUGGCAUCUACAGAUGACCACCAUGUCGCCCGUCGGGGUCAGCUGCUUUAUGCGGCGGUCAUCUUUCGUCAUAGCAGCAGUCUUUUUAUACUUGCACAUGCGGAUCUGGUUCCUGAAGCGGAAGAUGGUGCCUCUUACAUCCGCUUGCCUGGAAGAAACCCACCGGCGAAGCUUCAAGCGCUCAGACGCGAUGCCACAGCUUCCUGGCCUAGAUUCUGGUAGCGAUGCGAUGCUUCGAGCUCGUCUGGUGUUGCAGCGCAGGCAACUGGCGAAGCAGCAGCUGAUCGGUCAGUUGGUUUGGGCAGCUCACUGCCACGCGCGUGGCUUACUACCGUCUGCUGUGUUGAGUCACAUCUUCUCCUUCGUGGAUGUGCCUGUACCAUCUGAAGAUGCCUCUGCCGCGCUGGGGCUCUUAGAUGAUGACUACGAGUUGUUCUCGCAAGUUUCCAGCAUCCAUGCAUCAAGUACUACUGCUCGAUCUUCGAUGUCGUCGGUGACUUAUUUGCGCUCCAUUCUUCCUGCGCGACUAGCUCUUGGGCCGCGGCUACUGCCCAGAAGUGCCGUUCAUCCUCCGGUGGCAGAAGCCGAAACGCCGAGGGGAUCUGAG